AUGCCAUUGGACUUGUCGGUGUAUUUGGUCACGGACUCCACUCCCGCCAUCCUCAGGGAUCGCGACCUGUGCACGGUUGUCGAGGCGGCGCUGAAAGGAGGUGUCACCGUGGUGCAGUACCGAGACAAGACGAGCGACACUGGUGUUUUGAUCGACACGGCCAAACGAUUGCAUCAAUUGACCCAGCGCUAUAACGUGCCUCUGCUCAUCAAUGACCGAGUUGAUGUGGCUCUCGCCGUCGGCGCAGAGGGCGUCCAUCUCGGACAAGAUGAUAUGAAGUUUGAACUAGCAAAGAAGCUACUUCCCAAGGACGCCAUUAUUGGCAUUAGCACAUCCACAAUCCAGGAAGCAAAGCAGGCGGUCUCCGAUGGCGCUGACUACAUUGGCAUUGGAACUAUGUUUGCCACUCCCACGAACAGCUGGUACGCAAGCCAUCUUGGAGGCAAUCAGCGAUGCCUCUGCGAUGCGCACCGUCGCGAUAGGGGCAUUAACCCCUCAAACGUGCAACGAGUGAUCUACCAGUCCCAGUCUCCAAGGAAAGCCCUGGAUGGGGUCGCCAUCGUCAGCGCAAUCAUGGCCGCCGAUGACCCCCAAGCCGCUACAGAGGGGAUUGCUCAACUCAUCAAAUCGCGACCUCUCUUUGCAUUGACCCCGAAGGUCGCACGGGACAACGAGGUUGGGGCUUUAUUGCAGGAGGUGCCGCAGAUCGUUCAGAAAAUGGUCGAGGUCCAUCCACUUGUGCACAAUAUGAUAAACUUUGUCGUUGCAAACUUCGUGGCCAACGUCGCUUUAGCCAUUGGGGCAUCACCCAUUAUGGCUCCGUACGGCGAUGAAGCCACAGAUCUUUCCAAUUUUGACGGUGCUCUGCUAAUCAACAUGGGUACCUUGACCGGCGAUAGUAUCUCCAACUACCUGAAAGCCCUCAAGGCCUACAACUCUCGCGGGAACCCGGUUAUUUAUGAUCCAGUAGGGGCUGCUGCCACCGAGAUUCGUCGCAACGCGGUGACCCAGCUGAUGGCAGGCGGCUAUUUUGAUCUGAUCAAGGGCAACGAAGGAGAGAUCCGACAAGCAUGGGGCAGCAGCGCAGUGCAGCAGCGUGGUGUCGACAGUGGACCCAGCAAGCUCGAUGGUCAACAGAAAGCUCUAUUGGCCCGCGAUCUGGCUCGGAGAGAAAAAAAUCUUGUUCUGCUCACAGGCGCUGUGGACUACCUGAGUGACGGUGAGCGCGUCAUUGCUGUUGAGAAUGGCCACUCUUAUCUAGGCCAAGUAACAGGAGCUCCUCGCCGUACUAUCCGGCCUGUGAUGUAUGAGAUUGCAGCUGAAAACGCUGCGAACAAGGAAUAUGUCCGGGGCCCGGGGAGCUUUGUGCCAGCGUUCUUGGAUGAGUUAUACGCCAUCCGUACAGCUGCGGCCAAGGGCGAUAACAGCUGGUUUACUGGACGUGCUAAGGUGCAUAUGGUCAACGUCUAG